AUGUCUUCCUCGCUCGCUCGCCCCAUGCUCCGCGCUCCCAUGCGCAUCGCCGGCCGCCGCUUCGAGAGCAGCAGCAGCAGCAGCAGCAGUACCACCGCCACCGCCGCCUCCAAGGCCCAGCAGGGUCUGUCCAAGGUCACCAGCGCCGCCGGCCCUGCCAUUGCCGGCGCCGCUCGUGGUGUCGGCAAUGCCCUCAGCAAGAUUGGUGGCCGCACCGGCCGUCUGAUCAACUUCGUCCAGGCCCAGACUCCCUUCGUCACCUACUACGGCAAAGUCGGCCUAGAGCUCUCUAAGCUCGUUUUCCACGGCCAGAAGAUGGCUCCUCCCUCCUUGACCACCUUCCAGACCACCUACCAAAACCUCUGGUCGAGAAUCCAGAGCCGCUCCAUCUCGCCCCAGAACAUCAUCCAGCAGGUCCGCGGCCUCGGAACCCCCCAGCUCGUCGCUGGCAGCGUCAUCCUCGCCGAGUGCCUCGGCUUCUUCACCGUCGGCGAGAUCAUCGGCCGCUUCAAGCUUGUCGGCUACCACGGCGAGGUCGCUCACCACUAA